AUUUCUUCAAGAACUAAAAUAUUAAACCUGCUUUCUUAGCUUCUUUCUAUUUCAUCCUCUGAUCUUUUGAUUUAGAUAAUGGAUUGUGAUCAUGAGUCCCCCAUUAAACCGCAAGCUAGUAAGGAACUCAUCAACGUUAUCCCAUUAGAGAUGGAGAGUGCAAUGGCGGCAACCCAAAGAGAAGAUAAAAGAGGCGGCGGCGGCGGUGUUUUGUUGACGUGGGAGGAUUUAUGGGUUACUGUGUCUGUUGGAAGGGAAGGGAAGAAGCCUAUUCUUAAAGGUCUCACUGGGUGUGCCAAACCUGGGGAGCUCUUAGCCAUCAUGGGCCCUUCUGGCUGUGGCAAAUCUACUCUCCUUGAUGCCUUAGCAGGAAGGUUGGAGUUGAGCACUAGGCAAAGUGGGGAUAUUCUGAUCAACGGUCGUUCACAACCAUUAGCUUAUGGAGCAUCGGCGUACGUGACACAAGAGGAUACACUGAUUGCGUCGCUAACGGUGCGAGAAGCCGUGCAGUACUCGGCGCAGCUGCAGCUCCCGAACUGGAUGGCGAGAUCGGAGAAAGAGGAGAUAGCGGACAUGACGAUAAAGGAGAUGGGGUUGCAGGGCGCCAUGGACACCAGAAUCGGAGGAGGGUGGGGGAGCAAAGGGAUAAGCGGCGGACAGAAACGGAGAGUGAGCAUUUGCCUGGAGAUUCUCACCCGCCCCAAACUUCUCUUCCUGGACGAGCCAACCAGCGGUCUUGACAGUGCCGCUUCCUACUACGUGAUGGGCAAAAUCGCGCGGUUGGCGCGCGAGGGAAGAACCGUUGUGGCGUCCAUUCAUCAGCCCAGCGCCGAAGUUUUCAGCCUCUUCACUAAUCUCUGCCUCUUGUCUUCUGGUUCUGUGGUCUAUUUUGGCCCUGCUUCUGCUGCAAUUGAGUUCUUCGAAAGCUGUGGUUUCCCCUGCCCAACUCUCCACAAUCCAUCUGACCAUUUCCUCAAAACUAUAAACAAAGAUUUUGAUAAUAAUGAUGAGGACAUUGAACAAGGCUGUGCUAGAGGCAUCCCCACAGAAGAAGUGAUCAACAUUCUGGUAAACUCAUACAAAUCAUCUCACAGAUUCCGAGAAGUUCAAACACAGGUUGCUGAAAUAUCCAACCAGGAAGGAGAAGUGCUGAAGAAAAGCAGUCGUGCAGACUUUUUCACUCAAACCAUUGUGCUGACAAGAAGAUCUUUCUUGAACAUGUCCCGUGAUCCUGGCUACUACUGGCUGCGUCUCGCAAUUUAUGUGGCUUUGGGUUUAGGCCUUGCCUACAUUUACCUGGAUCUUGGUCGGAGCUAUUCUUCGAUUCAGGCACGGUGUUCCGUCAUCAUGUUCGUCGCUUCAUUCUUGACGUUCAUGGCGAUCGGCGGCUUCCCUUCAUUCGUCGAAGAUAUGAAAGUGUUUCACAGAGAAAAGCUGAAUGGGCACUAUGGGUGCGCCGCAUUUGUGAUCGGAAACACCUUUUCUUCGCUGCCAUUUUUGCUGCUCGUCUCGUUAAUCCCAGGAGCGAUUGCUUAUUUCCCCAUCGGACUUCAAAGAGGAUUUGAUCACUUUUCCUACUUUGCCUUGUCCCUUUUCGCUAGCAUGUUGGUGGUCGAGAGCUUAAUGAUGAUCGUCGCCACCGUAGUUCCGAACUAUCUAAUGGGGAUCAUCGCCGGAGCUGGAAUACAGGCUCUGAUGAUACUCGGCGGCGGGUAUUUCCGGCUGCCGGACGAUUUGCCUAAGCUCUUCUGGAAGUACCCUUUAUACUAUACUUCCUUCCAUAGCUACGCUUAUCAAGGCUUAUUCAAGAACGAGUUUCAAGGUCUGAGAUUCUCAUCUAUGAGAGAAGGUCAUGAUGUCAUCACCGGAGAAGAAGUUCUGAGAGAUGAGUUGCAGGUAAAAAUGGGGCAUUCAAAAUGGGUUGAUCUCUUGGUGUUGGUGGGGAUGGUGGCUUUGUAUAGGCUGCUGUUCUUGUUGGUUGUGAAGGCAAGUGAAAAGGCUAAACCUGCCAUGAAAGCACUAAUGAGAGUCUCACCAAAAUAAUCAAAAGCUUCAAAGUUUGACUCAUAAUGGAGUGACCUAUUAUUAGUCUUUUUUUAUUUGAGUCGGUCAACUAAGAUCAGUUGGUUUACCUGUUGUGUUAUCAUUUGUACGAGUAGUUGGUUUACCUUCUUAUGAUCGGUUGUCAGCUAAUUAAGGUCAUAAUGUAGGGCCGAUUUAUUUCGUGCACGACUUUAGAUAGUGACAAUGGUUUCCCGUCAUUCACUAAAGUAAUAAUAAUGUAAAAUUGUGCCCACCUACCCUACUACUACCAUACACUCAAAUGACUCAAUCUUGUAUCACAAGCUCUAGCUAAACUAAAAGAGUGUAUGAAUAGACAAAUCAUUAUAUAGAUGUAUUAUGUCUUUUGCUCCAUAUGGUACUCAUAUAUGUAUGUAUGUACCUACCAUAAAAUUGUUAUAUAUUUGAAAUUAUUGGAUGUACUUGGCACUUAGCUUAGCUUGUUUAAUUUCCUUCUAUAGUAUGAAUAGAUAGGUGUACCAGUAUUUCUUGUACAAAAA